AUGGAACAUUUUGUUGGGUUUUCUUAUUUUGAUGUUUUAAUAUUUCCACCGGAGGAGUACGAGCCAGUGCCAAAAAAGAACGCCGACUCCGACUAUUCCGAUAUUGAGUCCGAGUUGAACUGGUACGACAGGAAGCCAAACAACAGAGACGUUGGCCGAAAAGGGAAACAGCACGAACUUGGGGUGAACAAGGAUGACGAAGACCCCGAUGAAGGGUCAGACGAUAGCGAUGACGAGUCGGACGAUAGCGAUGAUGAGUCGGACGACAGCGAUGAUGAGUCAGACGACAGCGAUAGUGAAUCGGACGAUGAGGAGGACUCAGACGACUCCGAUAGUAGCUCCACUGAGGACGAGUAA